AUGGCUUUGUUACCUGUAGUGUACAGUACAGUACAUCUCAUAUUGACAGAACACCAGAGUGCGACCACGCUGGAUCUGGUGGGGGAGCAGGUGUGGCGAGGUGCUCUCUUCCUGGCAGACUUUAUCCUACACCAUCCUGAAAUCUUCCAAGAUGCUCACGUCCUGGAGGUCGCCUCGGGGGUUGGCCUCACCUCUGUCGUGACAGCCAUGUUGGCCAAGCAAGUCAUUGUCACAGAUGUUGAUCGCGGGGACAUACUGGAUCUCAUUAACCGUAACAUCAAGAGAAACGCUGAUCUAUUGAAGGCAGAAUUAAUGGUGAAGGAAGUUGACUUCUUUAAUCACGCCACCAUUGACGACAUACAAGAUAUAAAGAACAACGUGUCGGUACUUUUGGCUGCCGAUGUGAUUUACCACGAUCAACUGACUGAUGCUUUCUUUGACACUAUAUUGCGUCUGAUGAGCGACCCACCUAACAAGACCUUGUAUGUAGCACUGGAGAAGAGAUAUGUCUUCACACAGGAGGACAUGGAUACAGUAGCUCCAUGUUAUGAGCACUUCCUUCAGUGCCUGGAGUGGCUGCGCUCUCAGAAUCUCUCACACAUUGACUGGACACUACAAGAAUUACCCACCAACUUUGAGCAGUACUUUACAUAUGAGCGCACAAGGCACUUAGUGCUGUGGAAGAUCCAAGCUACACUUAAGUGACCUCCAGGGUGUGGUAAGAAGUUACAGUACAGUAGUACUUUAUUUUUCACAAAGAAGAUUGUCCUCUGUUUGUAGAAUGUAGUGAGAGCCAUUUUGGAUACAAUGUGAUACAAAUACUGUACAGUAGUAAAAACAGUGAUACAUUGAAACAAGUAUUUUGUUGUGCAAGGACUGGUGUUAAACAAAUAUUUGGAUGGUGUAUGAGAUGUACUGUACAUUUCUUUCUUUUGUGAAAUGUCAGAAUAAAAAGUUUUUGUGCAUACAAAGAAAGUUGGAUCAUAUAUUAGUGGACAGGAGUAGUGUUAGUUCUCCCUCACCAGGUGUACUAAUGGGUGGCGAGUCUGCUGAACAGAGAACUACAAGUACUUUACUGUACUCAUCAAAGUUUACAUCACAUCACACAACUGUGUCCUAAUUGUGUAAGAGUGAGCAAGUAUGAACUGGUUACUCAGUCUUGGUAUGACAAUAAGUUUGGUGCAUCAUUGGGUACUGUACCAACGUUUCUGUUGGAAUUACUGUACUGUCUAUGAUAUAAAACUGUGCAGUUUAGAAUUUACUCAUGUUAGCUGAUAAGUAACUUUCCUUAAAUUCGUUCAAGCACAAAUUUUUUAUGUUUUACUGAAUGUGGUUUUGGUCAUUUUUCUGGGAUAUGGAGAGUAAAACAUUGUUGUAACAACUCAGACUAAUUGUACUGUACUGUACUGUUAUGAGUAUCACCUAAAUUAUCUGACCCAUUUUUAUCUUAGUGUCAAAAACAACUUGUCUUGGUUGUUUUCCACACAUGCUCCUUGUUCUAUCCAUAAUAUACAGUAGUGUACAGGUUAUUUAGGUUAUGUUUUAAAAUGGGUCAGUUAAUUUAUCACCAUAAAUUAACUGAGCUACAUGUACAACUGUGUUUGGUGAUUUUGAAAGCAGA